UUGUGCGUUACACUCGUUUGUGAUUUAUUAAUAAAAAUAUUCGUGAUAUUCGUGUUAUUUCAGCCGCAACAUGUAAUGAUCGCAUACUUAUUUAUGAUGAAUAUAAUGCUGGAAUCAGCUACAAUAACAAAAAGGAGUUAUUCAGAUCAAUCUGUUCGAGGAUAUAUAACUGAGAGAACAUGUUGGUGGAACGAAGUGUGCAAGGAAGAGUUCCAAACACUAUUCCGAUGUAAGUGCCCCGCUUGGUCUUACUGUCGAAGUCCUGGCAAAUAUUACAACGCUGUAUGUUCUAUGACAGAGACUGGAUACAUCUGGGACCAACCCAAUUCACAAUGGCGCGGUCAAUAA